AAAAAAAUUAAAAAAAAAAAAGAUAGUAAAGAAACUUAUCAAAGAAAUAUGAGUCAAGAAAUUGAAGAAAAAACUAGUUAUUACUACUUUAACUCUGACAGAAUAUGUAGUGUUGUGGAUUAAAAAGAAGAAACCACCACUGAAGAAGAUAAAUUUUAAGAUUAUCAGUGCUAUAUUUGCUAUGAAAUUUCUUUAGACAUAAAAGAAUGCAAGUCAUGCGAAACAAUUUUUUGCAAUAGAUGUAUAGACUUAAUUAAAAAAAAGAAAAAAGAUUAACCAUGCUCUUGCCCUAACAAUUGUAAAGAAUGGAUUUUAAACAAACCUCAUAGGUCAAUAAGAAACUUUAUAGAAAACAUAGAGUUUUAUUGUAAAAACUAUUAACUUGGAUGCAGGUAAAAGCUCAAAUUGCUUAAUGCAAAUUAGCAUGAAAGUGUUGAUUGCGAUUAUAAUUUUGUGUCUUGUGAAAAUAAAGGAUGCUAAUAGCAAGUACAACUCAAAAGUAUUAAAUAGCACUUAGAGUCUGAAUGUUCAUUUAGAAUAGUGAAAUGUGAAAAAUGUGAUUUAGAUUAUGUAUUUUCUGAAUAGUAAAAUCACGACUGUAUUCAAAGCCUAAAAAAAGAAGUUGCUUCCUUAAAACAUUAGAUUUCUUCUAUGUACACUAAAGAAUAAUUAGACAAACAAUUUCAAGAUUUUUUGAAGAGUGAAAACUAGAACGGAUUAUAAAUUUAGUAAAAGGAAGAUGUUAAUUUAGAAUAUAAUUACCCUAAAGAAGAAGAAGUAAUCUAAUAAUAAUUAAAAUAAGAUAAUCAAUAAGUUGAGUAAAAUAAACAAGAAGAUGGAGAAGAAUAAAAGGAAAAUAAUGAAAAUAAAGAAUAAAAUGAAAAUAUGGGUGACUUUUUGAAAAGAAUUUUCGAAUCAGGAAUUCAAAUGAUAAAGGGUAAAUAUGAAAAUCAAAUGAAAGAAUAAUAAGUUAUAUCUUAAUUGCAAAAUUAUUAACAGUCAUAGGCAAACAUUCCAGUCUAUCCAAGACAAUAAUCUUUAGUAUAUCCUCCUUAAUAAUCAUAGGUUUAGAGUAACUUUUAUCCACCAUCUUAAUAUUAUUAAAGUACCUGUUAAAAUACAGGUAUAUAUCCCCCUAAUAAUAACUAUUACAACCGCCCGUAAAGUAUGUAUAAUUACCAAUAAUAUCCGAGCGAAAUUUAAUCAUCUAACUAUAAUGGUUAGUAAUAUUAUAGUUAGGAAUAUUAUUCUUAAAGUAGUAUUUAACAAGUCUAAUAAAAUAAACAAGAUUAAAAUGACUAAAAUAAGACAAUUUGCAACCAUAAGGACCUAGAAUGGAUUUCAUCUGGUACUCCUGUUAACAAAUUUUGCAGUUGUGGAAGUUUGGUGACUCAUAAUUACUAUUACUGUAAAAUUUGUGAUAAAUACACUUGCUUAAAUUGUAAGAAUUGA